UUUUAACCGCCUAAAAUGUCUGCUGAAGCCGAAGCAAUCGUCACAACGGCCGCCGCCGAUGUCUCCUCACCGAGCAAGACAGUUUCGGUGGAGCCCGUGGCCGCUGAUACAACGCCGGACAACGUGCCGGCGGUGUCCACCGAGGGAACCGGAAAGACCGAACAGGAACGUGCCGAGAAAAUACUCAAGGGCAAGGAGCUGUUCAGCCAGGGAUCGCGCAACUUCCUGGUGAAGAGCUACGACGAGGCGGCCGACGAGCUGAGCCAGGUGUGCCAGCUGUACGAGGAGGUCUACGGGGAGCUGGCCGAUGAGCUGGGACAGCCCUUGUUGCUCUAUGCCAAGGCUCUGAUUGCCAUGGCCCUGGAUGAAAACAAAGUGAUCGACGUGCCUGAUGAGGCUGCCGAUGAUGAUGACGAGGAUAUGGACGACGAUGAAGAAGAAAGCGCCGAGGAUGGAGAGGCCAAGAAGGAGGACGUUAAGGAGGAAAAGAAGGAGGAGACCAAGGAGGCCGCCAAUGGAGCGAGCAGCACAAACGGCAAGAAGCUGGACUCCAUCAAGGAGGGAUCCGAUGAGGCCGACUCCACCGGCGAGGCCGAGCAAGCUCAGACCGAUGAAAAGAACUCCAAGAAGGCACCCACCGGCGUGGAUGAGGUCAGCAGCAGCAAUGGCGGAGGAGGAGGAGGAGCUGCCGUCAACGAUGACGAGCGACCGAGCACAUCGAAUGGCGAAGUCACAGCCAGUUGCUCCAACGGAGCAGGAGCCGCCGGCGAGGAGGAGCCAGAGGAGGAGGAGGGAGUCAGCGGAAGUCUGCAGUUGGCCUGGGAGAUCCUGGAGGCGGCUGCCCAGAUCUUCACGCGCCAGGGCCUCAGUGGUCUACCAUACUUGGCCGAAGUUCAGACAGAGCUGGCCAACAUUGAGUUUGAGAACGGAAUUCUCGAGGCAGCACGCGAGGAUUAUGAGAAAGCGCUGAAAAUCCACGGCGAGCUGCCCACAAGGAACCGUCGGGCUUUGGCCGAGUUGCACUACAAGAUCGGGCUGACCUAUCUGAUGCAGCAACUGAACAAGGAGGGCGCGUCAGCCCUGCGACAAUCGAGCUCGUUAAUCGAGGAGGAGAUUGCCGAAAUCAAGGGCAAGGACGAGCCUAGCGAGCGCGACAGGAACAAUAUGCUGGAUUUGGAGGAGACCAAGCAGGAGAUUCUGGCCAAGAUACAGGAAAUCGAAGAGAUGCAGGCACAGACCAUUGCUGAGGUGCGAGCUGCCCUGGAUAGCUAUAUCAAGCCAAUGAGCAGCGGCGAUGCAGCUGCAGCAUCUUCAUCCUCGUCGUCGUCAGCCAAUGGAGCUGCUAGCUCCUCAUCGUCCACCUCCAAAAGCACCGCGGCGGCCUCUUCGUCGGCCAUCAGUAGCAGUUCCGCCAAGCCCACUGACAUCACUCACUUGAUCAAGCGCAAGAAGCCCGAGGAGCCCAGCUCGGAGGCCGAGGCUCUGUGCUCGCCGGCCAAGCGUGCCGCCGUCUAAGGGGGAACAUUCCAUGCCCACAACACACACCACUCCACACAACAUCAGCUACUUAAACCCACUCACACGCAUUCAACACCAUUCAACUGUCCUAUUCCUCGAACCUAUUUAUGCUAUUUGUUUGCUGUUUUCUACCAAAAUUCUCUGUAAGUCUGUAAGUUUACAAUCACAAUUAGUGCUAAGUGCGUACAUAAAAUAAUGUUUUGUAUUAAACGAGAAACGAAAAACGAAGAAGGAAGGCAAGAAGUGUAAACAAUAAAUACGGGAGACUUCCCCAAAGAAAGUUA